AUGGGGUCAGGGGACUGGUUCAAGACCAUCAUCAGCAAGAAGAAGUCGAAACGGGGCAAGUCAAAGCACGCAAAGAAGGUUGCUGCGCAACGCAAUGGAGCCAACCUGCCGCAGCAAAAGCCCAGCAACGCUCCUUCUUCCAGCAGCGACCCUGAAGACAACGCAGCACUGGAAGACUGGGCAGCUACCCGGAUUCAGAACGCGUUUCGGCGCCACAAGGCAAGGAGGACGCUCCGUUGCCUGAGGGGAGUUAAAAGACUGCGCAUUGUUGGCCAGAGCAAUCCAGUUACCAAGCAGACCAGUGCCACACUGAGCUACAUACAGUCUUGGAACAAGUUACAGGCUGAGCUAAGAAACCGGCGUGCUUUCAUGGUCACCGAAGGGCGCAACAGGAAGAAGAAGCAAGAGAACCAAGUCAAACUUGAUGCAAAGCUCCAAAAUUUGCAGGUUGCGUGGAAUGGAGGCUCGAAUACCAUGGAUGAAAUAGUUGCCAGGAUACAUCUAAGGGAAGAAGCAGCAGUAAAGCGUGAGCGAGCCAUGGCAUAUGCGUUUAACCAUCAGUGGAGGGCAAAGUCUGCCACAAGCCAAGGAAACUUCAACUAUGGGGUCGGGAACGGUGGCUGGGGCUGGAGCUGGAUGGACCGCUGGAUCGCUGCACGACCAUGGGAGCCCCGAUCUAUGGUCACCCCUGAAAACCCGAAGAAGGGACAAUCAAAGAAAGACAACACCAGCACAAACCAGUCAGCUCUGAAGCUGCAAGGUGCAAUCAGUCUAAGCAACAACACCAGUGACCGGAAAGUUCCCAAGAAGAAGUCAUCUCCCUCUCCUGAUAAGAAGAAACCGGUAGCGAAAACGGAGCAGAAACCAGUAGCGAAAACAGAGCAGAAACCAAAGGCGGCAGGCCCUCCCAAGGCGAAGUCGAAGGACAUGAAGAGGAACCAAGAGAAGCAGCAACAACCCGCGGUUCCUGCGAUCACUGCUUGA